UUUUCGUUUCCUUUUCUUUCUCCUUAAAACGAAAAAAGAUUUCCUCCUCCCUUGACCCCCUUCCAAAUUUUGAGCCAGUUGGCUCCACUGAAAAAUCUCAUUUUCCCUUUUUUUUCAGGGAAAUUGUUUGAUUUUGAUUUUUCAUUUCUUUUGGGGUUUGAUAACCUAAAGGAAUGGGAGCAUGUUGUAGUAAGGAUUCCAGUCUUGGUGAAGGGGGGGCGGUGGAGGAUGCUGUUGAAGACAGAGAUUAUGAGGUCAUUGAGGAAGAUGAUCAUGUAACAAUUGCAGAUUAUGGGGCCCGCAUGAGAUUACAAGGAGCUUCUAAAUUCAUUUCUAUGUAUUCUCAACAAGGCAAAAAGGGGGUUAAUCAAGAUGCUAUGACCGUUUGGGAGGAAUUUCUUGGCAAUAAAGAUAUGUUUUUCUGUGGUGUGUUUGAUGGCCAUGGUCCCUAUGGUCACAAGGUUUCGCGCCAUGUCCGUGAUACUUUACCCUCGAGGCUCUCUGCAGCCAUCAAAUUAUCACAGGCUAACAACUUCAGAUAUGGUACUGAUGGAAAUGAUGGUAAUGGUAGCAAAGAUGGUGAUCAAGGCAGUCGUCUCUUGUCUUCAUUGGAGGCCAGUUUCAUUAAAUGCUUUAAGGAAAUGGAUGAAGAACUUAGUCUUGAUGCCAGUAUUGAUAGCUUUUGCAGUGGAUCUACUGCUGUAACCGUAGUUAAACAGGGAAAUCACUUGAUAGUCUCCAAUUUGGGCGAUUCGCGCGCUGUUCUAUGUACUAGAAGCAAUGGAAACCAACUUGUUCCCGUCCAACUCACAGUUGAUUUGAAACCCAAUAUUGCGAGUGAAGCUGAAAGAAUCAAGAAUAGCAAAGGUAGAAUUUUUGCAAUGAAAGAAGAACCGGAAGUGUUUAGGAUAUGGAUGCCUGACGAAGACUGUCCUGGUCUGGCCAUGGCCAGGGCCUUUGGAGAUUUCUGCUUGAAAGAUUAUGGGCUCAUUUCAAUUCCCGAAGUUUCUUAUAGACGGCUUACAAACAAUGACGAAUUUGUGGUUCUUGCGACUGAUGGGAUAUGGGAUGUAUUAUCAAACUACGAUGUGAUUCACAUAGUUGCUUCGGCAAGAAAGCGAUCCAUGGCUGCUAAAAUACUAGUAAAGUAUGCAGUUAGAGCAUGGAAAAAUAAAUAUCCAGGUUGCAGAGUAGAUGACUGUGCAGUUGUAUGCUUAUUCCUAAAGAGUCGAACAGUGUUAUCAAGAUCCUUCUCUGAAGUGAGCAGGGUGAGUGCAAAUCACACAGAACUUGCAGAAAACUAUUCGGAAGUUAGCCACGCAAGCGUGCAUUGCUCGGAGAUAGCCACUGUUGCUAAAAGGCCAACAGUAACGAAAAUUUAUCAAAAGGGAGGUCAAGGUCAAGGCCAUCCAUUUGAUGAUUGAAGGUGUUGUAGUUUGAUGAUUUGGUAAUUGAUAAUUGAUUGGUGAUCAAUGAUGGAUGAUCUUCCUCAGAAGUCUUGUAACAUCAUUUUUUUUGAUUGGUGAUCAAUGAUGGAUGAUCUUCCUCAGAAGUCUUGUAACAUCAUUUUUUUUGAUUGGUGAUCAAUGAUGGAUGAUCUUCCUCAGAAGUCUUGUAACAUCAUUUUUUUUGAUUGGUGAUCAAUGAUGGAUGAUCUUCCUCAGAAGUCUUGUAACAUCAUUUUUUUUGAUUGGUGAUCAAUGAUGGAUGAUCUUCCUCAGAAGUCUUGUAACAUCAUUUUUUUUGAUUGGUGAUCAA